AACAUCUUAGUCUUGUCCGGUUUUUUGAGCAGUUUAAGUGUUUUUGGUGAAGUGUGAAAUAAAUCCAGAUAUAAGUCCCUGCAGGGGACCAAGAUUUUCUCCGGCAUGGGUGUGGUAGUGUGGUUCCUUGCCGCAUCUCUUUUUGGAAGCACUGUUGGAUUGCCCAAUGUGGAACCAACUAGGACUUGGGUACCAGACAAUCCCAAUUCGGGACCAAGAUUAGCCAAUGAGCUGUGGUUCAGUCAAGUGAAAAAGCCAUUCUCCCAUUGUCCCCAAUACAAAUUCCCCAUCAACACCAAUGUGAAUUGCGUGGAUACAAAGGAGGGAGGCGAGUGCGAGGUCAGCUGCAUCGGCACUAAUCACUUCUAUGGCGAACGCCAGAACGUCAAUAAGCUAAUCCUCUCCUGCCGUCGUGGUGCGUGGGGUAUAAAGAACGGGGCCCCCACGGCGAAGACCAUCCAGCAUUGCGAUGGCGCGUGCGUCUGCCGAAAUGGAGGCAUCUGCAAUGGGGAGAAGUUUUGUCACUGCCAGAAGGGAUUUGGUGGAGAGAACUGCGAGAAACACCAGGAGUUCGGGUGUCCGGAGCGGCCACCGCAGCUUCCAAAAAACUCGAGGACCGUCUGUCGAGGAGAUACCUGUGAGGUGCAGUGCUCUCCGGGAUUUGACUUUUCCGACAAACGCAGUCGAGUUCUUCUCAAGUGCAAGGGUACUAAAUACGUGGAUAUGAACCCACAAUUUCUCAAGCUGCCGGAUUGCGAGGCGAGUUGUUCUCCUAAUUGUCUAAACGGAGGUAAAUGCAUUGCACCUAAUGUCUGUGAGUGUCCGCCAAAUUACCGAGGAAAACAGUGCCAAUUUCCCGUGUCUAGAUGCAAUGUUACGGAUUUCAAUGGCAACUUCCAGUGCGAUCAUGGACCGGAGAGGUCAGAGUGUCGUCUAAGCUGUCCUACAGCUCAAGGAGUUAGUGUUAUGGGAAAUUUGGUCUCACGCUACGUCUGCGACUACGGAACGGGAAAAUUCGAGCCAACAAUCUCUGGCACUUGCAUAUAUCCUCCAAAUCUAAAUGUCUCCCAACAAAUAACCACUUCUGACACUCAGACCAAUGGAACUGUCACAAUUACAAACAAAGCAGUGCUUCCUUGGCCGGAUAACCUGAUCGCAAUCUGCAAUCGCUAUCGGCAGUACGACAAUAGCAGCGACUGGAAGCCGGAGGACCCAGAUGAUGACGGUAUUGAUGGAGCAGGCCGACUAAGACCAAAGCCCAAUAAGGAUUUAAUUGUGGCUCCACGAACUACGGUUUGCAGCUCCUGGAACGGUCGCAAUAUCCGAACCUUCGAUGGUUUACUAUACAGGCUGACGCUGAACUGCGCCCAUACCCUGGUUAACGACAGGAUAUACGGGGCAUUUCAUGUCUCCGUUAAAAGUGAGACCUUCGAAUCUCCGCUGACUAUUCAGAUCCAAUGGCAAUCUGUACAGUACACACUGGAGAACCUCAAUGGAAGUGUAACUCUAUCCACGCCCGAGAAGCGGCUUCCGCUACCUGCCCAAGUCCUGGGAAUGAAGGUUGUACCCUUUGCUCAGCACGUGGAAGUGGACUUGGAAUCGGUGGGUCUGCAGCUGGUCUGGGACCAUCACCAGCUCCUAACCGUGCGUGCGAGCGUGGAUCUCUGGCAAAAGGUAGGUGGCCUCUGUGGUCACCUCGACGGCAACAGUGACAACGACCUGAUGAGCCGGUCUGGUUCAGUAUCACCAUCAUGUCGCACCUUUACUGAUAGUUGGCGUACCGGUGAUCAGACAUGUGUGCCCGAUACGGAUGAACCUUUGGCCCAGUGUAGGGGAGAGCGACAUGUUGAGGCCGUGGAGAAGUGUCGAAAACUACUGUACAAUGUCCACUUAAAGAGCUGUCUGGAGAACUUCAACCAGGAGACACUUCUACGGACUUGUAUCAAAGAUCACUGCGGCUGCCCAAGGGGUCAAUCCUGCAUUUGCAACUUUUUACAAUCGCUAAAUGGCGAGUGCCGAAUCCUGGGAAUUGAGCCUGCGAUUAAGGAUUGGCGGAAUCUACAACUAUGCCCAAUCAGUUGCGCCGGUGGCCUUGUCUACCGUUCAUGUGGUCCCCAGUCCCAGCCAACCUGCGAGAGCGAAGGAAUCAAUGACCCGAAUCAGUGUUUUGAGGGCUGUUUCUGCCCGAGUGGUAAGCUCCUCUACAAAAACACUUGCAUCGACCACAAAAUGUGCCCGUGUGAGCUGCGUGGACGUGAGUUCCAGCCAGGUGAAACCCACAAAAAAGAGUGCAACACGUGUACCUGCCAAGCUGGAAAGUGGGAGUGCACUCAGGAAAAGUGUAACAAGCGUUGUACAGCUUUUGGGGAUCCCCAUUACCGAACCUUUGAUGGAAGAUCUUUCGACUUCCAAGGUCGUUGCCUGUACUACCUGUUGAAGACACUUACUCUUUCCGUGGAGGGCGAGAACAUCCCGUGCUCUGGUGCCAUCGAUGAGGUAGUAGAACCAUCGCCAACUGGACCAUCGUGCACCAAAUCGGUUACCAUCCGCUUCUCUUUAAAAGAAGGUGGGCCCACUGUUAUCAAACUAUCGCAAAAGCUUCAGAGCUUUGUAAAUGGCGAGGUGGUGACCCAAUUACCCUUGCAAUUGGGUAAUGGAGAAGUGGUACUUCGGUUAGCCAGUCAUAACUUUAUCACCGUGACUUUCGCCGAUGGCUUGGUGGUGUGGUGGAACGGCGAGUCCACUGUCCACAUUGAUGCCCCAUAUAGCUACUACGAUAACACGGCUGGAUUGUGUGGUACUUUUAAUGACAACACCAAGGAUGACUUCCUCACUCCGGAUGGAGAUUACGAGCACACUCCGUUGGCAUUUGGCAACAAGUGGCGCACCAAAGAGUUGUGUACUGAUCCGGGUCCACCGGUGAACCCAACCCCCUGCUCAGGUAAUCCCGCCCAACUAGCAGCGGCUGAAGAGCUUUGUUCGGUCCUUCGAUCAGACACUUUUAAGCCGUGCCAUUGGGCCGUGGAUCCUAAUAGUCACUACGAAGCCUGUAUCUCCGACAUUUGUGCCAUUACGGAUACUAAUCCGAUUAACGCGAACAAAGCGCUUUGCGAACUGCUCUCUGACUACGCCAAUUUGUGCGUAAGAAAUGGAAUCAGGACCAGCUGGCGACAGUCUAUCAAGCAGUGUUCGAUCAAAUGCCCGGAUGGUCAAGAGUACGCUGAGUGCGGAGAUUCGUGUGCCUUGAGUUGCUUCGACUUGCAGAAGCGGGAUCAGUGCAAAAGGCAGUGCGUCGAGGGCUGUCGCUGUCCAACAGGUUACUUCCUCAACGAGCAGCAGGAAUGCGUUCCCCAAAAGGCCUGUUCCUGCUACUAUGAUGGACUGAGCUUCCAACCCGGAUACAAGGAGGUGCGUCCGGGCGCAAGGUUCCAGCAGCUAUGCACCUGUGCUGAUGGGCUGUGGAAUUGCAAGGAUGCAGACCCGAAUGAUGAAUGGAUUUUUCCGCCACUGGUAAAUAUUCGUAAGAAGUGCGCUCGUAGUCCGUACGCCAAGUUCGUAAGCUGUGCCCCCAAGGAUCCGAAGACCUGUAAGAACAUGCAUAAUUAUUUCCCUGACACAACUUCCUGCCACCCAGGAUGUGUGUGCGAAGAUGACUUUGUGUACGACGUCACCCGGCAGCAGUGCGUCUCGCCGGAGAAGUGCUCUUGCUAUCACGCCGGUCGGAGUUUCGACGAUGGGGCCACCUUCCAAGAGCUGUGCAACCAGUGCGUCUGCCAAGGUGGAUCUUGGAAGUGCACUCGUAAUGACUGUGAGGGCACUUGCAGCGUUUGGGGCGACUCUCAUUUCAGUACCUUUGAUGGCCUCGACUUCGACUUCCUCGGCCAGUGUGACUACGUUCUCUCUAAGGGUAUCGAUGACCACGGCAGUGGUUUCUCAAUAGUUAUCCAAAACGUUCUCUGCGGAUCAUCAAGCGUCACGUGUUCAAAGUCACUGGAAAUCUCCCUGAGCGGCAAGGGCGGAUCGGAGAAGCUUAAACUAAGUUCCGGCGGAAUUUAUGGGACAGAUAAUGCCACUUCUCUAAUAGCACGUCUUCGGCAGCAGAUCAGUUCGCAGGAGUCCAGUUCUUUUUACGUUUACAAGGCGGGAGUGUUUCUGGUGGUCGAGGUUCUGUCCCUACGUCUCCAGAUAAAGUGGGACGAGGGCACCCGAGUUUACGUUAGGUUGGGCAAUGAAUGGCGCGGACGCGUUUCCGGACUAUGUGGUAAUAACAACGGAAACAGCCUGGACGACUUCAAAUCUCCAUCCGGAGGCCAUGAGGCGGAACCAACGCUUUUUGGUCAUUCUUGGCGAACGCACCAGCAGUGCGAGCUGCCUGUACAAAUUUUCGAUUCCUGCCAGCGGAACGGGCAACGUCGAUCUUGGUCCGAAAACAAAUGCAGCAUCCUCAAGUCGCCAUUGUUCGCCGCCUGCCAUCUCCAAGUGCCUCUUGAUCGCUACCUAAAGCGCUGCGUCUUUGACACAUGUGCCUGUGACCAAGGAGGCGACUGCGAGUGCCUCUGCACAGCGGUCGCUGCCUACGCGGAUGCCUGCUCUCAGCGUGGCAUCAACAUUCGUUGGCGCACGCCCCACUUUUGCCCAAUGCAAUGCGACACACAGUGCUCGGAUUACAGCGCAUGUACGCCGGCUUGUCCUCUGGAGACUUGCGAUAACCUCCUUGACCAAGGUGACUCUGCUCGGUUAUGUCACCACGAAAACUGCAUAGAGGGAUGUCUUGUGAAGCCUUGUCCACUAAACCACAUUUACCUGAACGACAGCUACACCACAUGCGUUCCCCGGACGGACUGUAAGCCCGUGUGCCUGCAACGAGAUGACAUAACCUAUUUUGAAGGCGAUAUAACGUACACAGACGACUGUGCCACAUGUCGUUGCUCCAAGAAGAAGGAGGUAUGCAGCGGAAAACCUUGCCCACCGACCACUACUACAAAGCCACCGAUCACGGGUACAGAAGAUCCGAAAGAUCCGCAGGAUCCGUCCGGUAAGAAAUGCGUACGAGGCUGGACACGCUGGUUAGAUCGCGGAUCCAGCUUGGGUGGAAUAAACCUUAAUGACCUGGAACCGCUGCCCAAUUUCGAUUCACUCGAGAACAUUUACGGCACCUGCGAUCGGAGGUUCCAGAAGAAUAUAGAAUGCCGGGUGAGAGAUACCAAGCAAUCGUACGAGCUGGUGGAUGACAAUGUGUCCUGCGAUCUUACCCGGGGCUUGGUGUGUGUGGGCAAAUGUCACGACUACGAGAUUCGGGUCUUUUGCGAGUGCAACGAUGAUGACAUUACCACACCUAGACCUCCACCUCCUCCACCAAAUGAGAAGUGCGAUCCUUCGCUACAGAUCUUCAAGGAGUAUCCCGGAGAUUGCUUCAAAUAUCUGCGCUGCGAGAAAAUUCCGGGGAACAGCAACUGGCACUGGGUUCCGGGAUCAUGUGGCGUUAGCAUGAUGUUCAAUCCGAUAAUCGGGGCAUGUGAUCACAUCUCCAUAGUAACCCGGCAGAAACCCCAAUGUGGAAGGACUAAAGAUCGGUGCCGGGAUGAUGAGGAGUGGAACGAUUGCGCCAACCAGUGUGAGCAUACCUGCCACUUUUACGGGCAGCAAUUGCUCCGGCGGGGUCUUUGCAUUCCCGGCGAGCAUUGCAAGGCCGGAUGUGUGCCAAAAAAACGUCAGGACUGUCGGGCGCUGGGUAAGCUCUGGCGCGAUGAAAACACCUGUGUGGAUCUGGACGACUGUCCUUGCCUAGACGAUCGCAAUGACGACUAUUUGCAGCCACACAGAAUCAUCUCGACUGAUUUGGAUGACUGUCAGUGUGUUUUUAACCAGUUUGUGUGCGUGCCGAAGAAAACCACUACAGAGUUCCCUCCGAUCGGAAGUCGUACCACAACCACACCCUUGCCUACUAUUCGCACCACCCUAACCCCACCUACAUUGUGUCCAGCUUCCAGCAUGGUGCGCCUUUUUACUAGCGACCAUUCUGUUCCUGACACCGCUUUCUUAGGAUCAAGCAUUCUGGAUAAUGACUACGCAGCUCACCAUUCUCGCCUGCACCGCAAACCCAAGCUCAAUUCCGGAGCCUGGGCUCCUAGAAUCAGUGAUCAAACGCAGUAUCUACAGGUGACCUUUGAGCGACCAUUGGCUCUAUACGGGUUACUUAUCGCUGGGGAUCCCCAUCUGGACAACUACGUCACCCUUCUUAAGUUGGUGUAUAGUCUGGAUGGCGAGGGCUAUCAUGAACUUAUUGGCCAAGAUGGAGGACCCCAGGUGCUGGUGGGGCCUAAGGACUCAAGGGUGGCAAGAGCUCAUGUUUUCCAGCGUCCGAUUGAGGCCAAAGCCGUGCGGCUAUAUCCUCUCAGGUGGCACCAUUCCAUUGCCAUAAGAUUUGAUCUUUUACUGUGUAACCAUGUGCCCACCACCACACCCCCAAUAGUCGACAGGACCACAGCUAUCCCGCCCACGCGACCACCAAGGUUUCAUUUGAUCUGCGAGGAUCCUCUUGGCGUCGAUAAUGGAGCACUGCAGGCCCACCAGGUUUCGGCUAGCAGCAUCUGGCUUUCGUCGCAGCUCGACACAGAUGAGGGACUAUUAGAUCUACUUAGAUUCCGAUCUAAGUUAGGAUGGCGGCCGCUGGCCAACAAGUUGGAUGAAUUUGUUGACUUUGACUUUCUUGAACCACGUAAUGUAACCGGAAUUCAGACACGUGGAGGAGCUCAUGGAUGGGUCACUUCCUAUCGAGUUCUAUUCUCCUCAAACAAGUUGGUGUGGAACGAGCUGCCGGGUCCGCAGGGAGAUGCCCACAUAUUCGAGGGCAACCAGGACAGUAAUAGCAUUCACACAAACGGAUUUUUGCGGCCACUGGUGACGCGUCAUCUUCGUUUGGUGCCCACAACAUGGGAUCAGAAUAUAAACUGGAGAAUCGAGCCCAUUGGAUGCUUCGAGCCUUAUCCAAAUAACACCCAGCCUCCUCCAAAUCGAGUGUGUAAUCUAUGCGAUGGCAUCGAGUUAAACUGCACCGUUUCCAAGUGCCCCUGUGUCGAAGAUCUCUUCUGGACGGGUUCCAAGUGUGUCGAGCGCAAUCUUUGCCCUUGCAUUGACAGUUAUACCCCCUAUCCAAUUGGAUCCAAAUGGGAGAACUCGGACUGCGAGGAGUGCGUAUGCCUGUUGGGUGGCGUAGUUAGUUGCAAAACUAAAAGCUGCCCGCAAUGUCCUGCCCACAUGAGGAGUAUCCGGAGGGGUUGUCGGUGCGAGUGUCAGUUGUGUCCACCAACCACUCGUCUAUGCCCCACCAGCGGAGAUUGCAUUCCCCCUGAGUGGUGGUGCAAUGGAGUGCAGAAUUGCGCCGAUGACGAGGAUGAGACUUGCGACCCCACUCAAACCACUUUGAAGCCCCCAACCACUAAGAAACCUCUUGUGUGUCCGCCCCUUGUGUGCCCACCUGGCUACUCCGUAAAGAUCAGAGGAAAACUACCCAUAGCCUUUUCCGAAAUGCUUUAUAUUUCGGAGGAUCCCACGGAGGAUGGUUCCUUGGACCCACUGGGAGAUUGGCUGGAGCCUUUGAAAUCCUCAGACCAGCCAGAAAUUGCUCUUGGUGCAUUUAGGUUAUUUGCAAAGUUUGGAGCUAAAUUCGGACCUAAAAUGUUUAAAGUUAUCAAGAAAUUGGGUACCAAGUUGGGUAGUAAGAUCAGGGACGUUAUUAUCGAGAAGUUCGGAGAAAAGGUGGCAGAAAAAAUUGACGACCUGACGUCGAAGAAGGAAAUGAAAAUUUUGACCUUGGAGCGCCUAGAGUUUAAUGAGUUGCCUCUUGUUCCGGCAAAGCCCCAGCUGGAGCAUUCAUCCUUUGACCAAGAUGAUGUCAAUGAACUGCUGGACUUAUUAGGAAUUGAACCGCAAGACAUUCCAGAUUUUUCGGGUGACUGGGAUGAAUUCCUUGCUGAUGACGAGGACGACGUCAACGAUACUGAUCAAGACCAAAUCAAUGAUCUACUUGGCCUUAUGGGCAUUGUGCCACAAGAAAAUCUUGGAUUCGCAGAGAAUGGAGCGGACGAAUCCUUGGACACCGAAACCCAGUUGGUGUUAAACGGUGCUAGUGGGGCAAAUGUUAGCCCUUAUGGACUUAACUUCCAGCUACCGACUGGUAUCCGAGAUGCUUACCAACGAAGGGGUACGUUUAGGGUAAGGGAUCGCCAGGACGUUGAACUGUGCGACAGCUUCUGCUGUAUACCCCAGCAGAAAGUAACAUGCGAGGACCCACAGUGCCCAACGGGCUUUGAACCAAUAUUGGAUACAACUAGCAUAGGAACUGACAAGUGUCCUACUUUUACAUGCCGACGCCCUCGGAUUCCAGACGAUACUUGCGACAUCACUGGAAGAAUCUUCCGAACCUUCGAUGGUACGGUGUAUAAGUACGAUAUCUGCAGUCACACUUUGGCGCGCGAUUCACAAAACAACCGAUGGACAAUCAGCACUCAGCUCCAGUGCGCUUCCGAUCAGCCAAGUUGCGGUUCCAAGACUCUGGUUAUCAGCGAUGUGGAAGGGGAUGUGACUAUAACCAUUCUGCCCAAUCAACGGGUUAUCUACAACAAUUUCGAGUUUACUAUCCAUGAUCUAGCGCUGGUCAAGCCUGUCCGCCGAUCUUUUGUGAUCAGCCAGUUGGGCGGUACAGUUGUGGUGGUAUGUCGACGUCACAAGUUCUGGGUGCAAUAUGCCGCUAGUGGUAAUAUUAGGAUCGGAGUAUCCCAAGUACUCUUGGGGCAAGUGGAUGGGUUGUGCGGUUUUUACAAUGGCCAGCUCGACGAUGAUAAGCGCACGCGUACUGGCUUGCAUGUUAUCAGCACCACGGACUUUGGCGAUUCGUGGUACGAUAGGAAACUUCCAUUGGACAAGUGCCAACCACAGGUGUGUCCCCUGGAUCUGCAGCAACGGGCGCUCCAAAUGUGCCAGGCUGUGAGGCAUCCCUCGUUUGAAGGCUGUGGCUUAUCUGUAAAUAUCGAGGAUUUCCUGGUCAAGUGCGUGGAGACAACCUGCGAAUGUCUGAAAUCUAAUGGCGGUGCCGAGGGCAGUUGUCGUUGUGAUCUCCUCCAGAUUUUUGUUGGCCAGUGUCUUGCGGUGAAUCGCAAUCUUUUGCUGACAAGCUGGAGAAGCAUUCACCGCUGCGAGCCCACAUGUCGACCGCCCUUGGUGCAUCAUGAUUGUCACCGCCAGCGGUGCGAGCCCCAGUGCGCCCUGACCAGUAACUCGGCUUCCGUAUGCCCCACCAUUCCGGACACAUGCUUCCCCGGCUGCUAUUGCCCAGAAGGCACGGUCCGGCGAGGUGACGACUGCGUGCCUUUGGAUGAUUGCAAGGACUGUAAGUGCAGUCUGUUUGGCCUGAACAAAUUCGUCACCUACGAUGGCAGCAGCUUCAGUUUCAAGGGCAUCUGCACAUAUCUGGUAACGAGGGAUCUUCUUCUGCCGGGAAGUUUUAACUUCCAGGUAUAUGCGACAAUAAAACCAUGUGGACUGACCAAGGAGGAGAGCUGUGUAAGUGCUCUCCGUGUUACAGCCGGUGAGCAUACCCUCCACAUCGAGCGUCACGAAAACGAGGUGAAGCUAUUGGCCGACGGUUACCAGGUAUCGCUUUGGCCUCACCAGUCGCCCUGGCUAAGGAUUAACCAGCCCGGUGAGCAGGAUCUGAUUGUGCAGCUACCCCAAGUUAAACUGGAGCUCUUGGUUAAUCUGAAUACUUUACAAUUCCAGCUCACAGUGCCCUCUGUCCGCUAUGGCAGUCGCAUGGAGGGAUUGUGCGGCAACUGCAACGGCUUGAGUAUUGACGAUCUGCAGAUUAACCCGGCCAAACCGAAGCCGGCGGAGCCUCGUCCCUUUGACCUUGUCGACUUCGUGACCAGCUGGCAGGUAAACGAGCCACGCCUUGGCAUCGACACUCGCUCCUGUCACCAUCAGCAGGUGUGCAAGCCGUUACCGCAAGAUCGGAAUGUUUGCUACCAACUGAUUGUGCAAUCCGGCAUCUUCGGCCGCUGUCCUCUACUGGUAGAUCCUCUGCCCUUCAUCGUGGCCUGUCAGAAGGACUCGUGCACGGCUACUGAUAAUAAGCAAGUGGUCUGUGACGUUCUGACAGCCUACGCGGAUGCCUGUAACCAGGCGGGUGUGUGUGCCGACUGGCGACCUUUCAGUGAGUGUCCAGCCGAGUGCUUGCCAGGAAUGACCUAUAGGCCAUGUGACUGCGACGUAUCCUGUGAGACGGGAGUGGAUCGGGUGGAUCAGAGCAACCUGGAGGUAAUCUACAAGGGACGCUGUUUGCAUACGGCGCGUCAUGAGGGAUGCUUCUGUCCGCCUGACAAGGUACUACACCACGGAAAGUGUGUGUCGCCCAAUGAAUGCGUGACUUGUGGCGAUGGACGACAUGUAGGAGACGUCUGGCAGCCGGAUAAGUGCACUCGGUGCCAGUGCUUGGGCAGUGGACGAGUUAGCUGUGAAAAGGAAAACUGCAACAAGGACACCGGUCCCAUCUGUCAGAAGGGCUACAAGCUUGUGGUUCUGCAGCACGACUUUGAGUGCUGCCCCACACUCAUUUGCAUGACGGACCCUAAAAAGCCCGGACACAUCUGCGAAAAGCCCAAACUGCCCGACUGCGGACCCCAUCAGAUUCGCAUUGUGGACGAGGAUGUCCAUGGAUGCUCUGUUUACAGAUGCGAAUGCAAACCAAGUGAUCAAUGUGAGCCGUUGCCAUCGUUGGUUGUCAAGCCUGGCGAGAAAUUGGAGAAAAUAGUGGAUGGAUGCUGUCCAAGCUACAGACUAAUCUGCCUUCAGGAGUCCUGUCCAAAGCCACCGGCCACCUGCGAUGAGCUGCAUUACGAACUGAUCUCGGAGAAGAAACCCGGCGACUGCUGUCCGGUGUAUAAGUGUGUGCCUCCAAAGGACAAGUGUCUCUAUAGACACGAAGACCAGGUGCAGGUGUAUCGUGUAGGCGACAAGUGGCAGCUACCCAGGGAUCCCUGCGCCGCCUAUGAGUGCGUGCUGACGAACAAUAUGGUAAUCACAGUGACCACGUUGCUCACCUGCGAGAAGAAGUGUCCCCUUGAUUUAACCUAUGAGCACACGAACAACGCUAAAUGCUGCGGAUCCUGUGUGCCAACGGGCUGCGUCCACGAUGGAAAACUAUACAAACCGAAUGAAACUUGGACAAGCCCAGACAAAUGCACAGUUUACUCGUGCGUUCACAUCCAGGGUCAGCUAAUCAUCCACGAACUGCACGAAUCGUGUCCGGAUGUAAGUCGCUGUCCUGCGGAACAUCUCCAAGAUGAGGGAGGCUGUUGCAAGCGCUGCAAGAUUCCACCACCGCCGCUAGAUCAAGUCGAUUGUCAGGCUGUUACGGUGGCUUCCACUCUCACCAUUGGCAUGAUUAUGUUCCAAAGCCAGGACCAUGGACAGUGCCACAACGAUCAACCCAUUCAAGGCGUGACCCAGUGCGAAGGGGCCUGCAAUUCGGCUUUUAAGUACAAUCCCCUACUAAACAAAUACGAGGACAAGUGCAGCUGCUGUGCUGCAACGGGAUUGAAAAAGCUGUUUGUAAAACUUACAUGUGCUGAUGGCAGCCCGUUAGAUCACGCCCUGGAGGUGCCCACAAGCUGUAGUUGCGAACCCUGCAGCAAACAUCACCUGACAUUGACCAGCGAGAGCAAGACUGUACCUAAAAAUUCUUUAGGUAAUUCUGAUGUAGCUGAAGAAGAUGGAGAAGAACUUGACCUUCAGGAUCUCCUAGGUCAAAGCGGAGGCGUUAUUUCGCGUUGAUAGAAUUUAAAGUUUUAUACUCAACCAAUCUUUUCAUUUAGAUACCCACCUUAUUACUUUACUAUGAAACAUCAAACUUAUGACAAAGACUUAAAUUUUAAGAAUAGAAAAUUGUAUUGUAUGUAAAAAUAAAAAAAAAUUAAGUUGAAUAAAAAAAA